AUGUCGCCGAAAAUGGAAGCCCGGUCCAAAACCGUGAUCUCGCCGCACACAACAACCUUGCCCAUGAUCGAAAUCUACACCGCACCGUCAGUGUGCUCUUCGUCAUGGACGUACGAGCCGCCCGAGGCCAACAAUGUGUCGGAGGGUCUGCUUCUGCAGAAUGCUGCCCCUUCAGAUGAUACGAACAAUGACUGCAUGCCAACGGGAUGGGGUAACCGUGGACGAGCGCCCCCCCAGCAGAUGUACAGCCCCGGGUACUGUCCGCACGGCUACACCUCCGCCGAUGUAGCCAUCGAGCCGCCGGUAACCACCGCAAUCUGCUGCCCCUCAGACUACGAAUAUACCACCAACCCUGCCAACACCCAGAUGGGGUGCACGAGCAUAUUUCCCGAAGGCGAGACAACGACCGUCAAGGUGCGACAGGCAAACAACAAGCGGACGCGGAUCGUGGGGCCAAUAACCAUGUACGCGCAACCCAUCAUUGUCGCCCAGGAAAAGCACGACUUGACGAUGUUCGUGACCUCGACCGACACCGAACCCUCGUCCACCGCCGCCGCGCCGACCUCCACCACAGCCGUGCCGACUGAAACGGACACCCCGGCCGAACCCACUGGCAUCCACGACCACGUUGCGGGGGACGAGAAACCGGAGACAGGUGGUAUUUCCACAGGCGGCGCGAUUGGCGUAGGGGUUGGCGUGGGCGUGGGCGGUCUAGCGCUCCUGCUCGUCCUGGGACUCUUGAUCCUGCGACGGAAGAAGCAAACCAAGCGGAAGCAGGAGAUUGACUUCUACAGUCAGACGGAGGGGCGGCGCGAAGCCGGACCUCUACCUGACAAGCCGACACCGACAGGUCGAGUUGGGCCGUCGGAACUGGCGACGAACCCCCAUGGAGCUGGUACGGCGAUCCACGAGAUGGGCAGCUGA